AAGAAGGCAAAGUAGUUUCCCUUCCCGCCUCGUACAUUCCUUGAUCACCGUCCCGAUCGUAGACCACGACCCGGUUCGGACCCUCUUCGGGUCCCCACCUCUUGGAUAUUCGGAUCUCCAGUUCAGAUACCCUUCUCCCGAAUUAACUCUCCCCUAUACAAAUGAAAGAUCCCAAUUUUGUGUUUGUGGUAGAGGACUGAACUGAUGAUGUUGACUCCUUCGAUCAAGACUCUGUCGAGGGACUUGGAUAUGCUGCGGAUUGAAGAAGACCCGCCUCCGGGUGCGUAAAUGAGUAUGGUGCUACCUGACUUGGACAGAUUGCAGCUUGCACAAGACCCACCUGCUGGCGCGGAGAUUAGUAUGGUGCUCCCAGGUUUGGACAGAUUACGGCUUGUAGAACACUCAAGCGCAGGUGGAGAGGAUGUUUUUGCAAGGCUGCAGAAAAAAGUGUCGGAUGACCCACCCCCGGGCGCAGAUUAUACUCUUGCAAGGUAUAGGUUGUUUAAAGAGUUGAAGAGGCUGCUACAAGACCCACCUGCAGGGAUCAGUGUGGUUCCCCCGGACUUCUACAAUUGCGAUAUAAUGUUGUGGAAUGUUGUUAUAGCUCCACAUUCCUUGGAUUCUCCUUGGGAGGGAGGCGCAUGCACAUUUAAGUUGACUCUUCAGUUCAGUGAGGAUUAUCCGCUCAAACCACCAAUGGUGCGAUUUGUUUCUCAAGUGUUUCAUCCAAACAUUUCUGCAGAUGGAAUUAUGUCUUUUAAUAAUUUACUGGAUCGGUGGGCUCCUAUAAAUGAUGUGGAAGAUACACUCAAGUAUAUCCAGUCCCUAAUAUGUCAUCCCAACCCGAAGUGUCCUGCAAAUUCAGAAGCUUUCUACAUGUAUUUCAGCGAGAACAGACUCGAGUACAACCGAAGAGUGAGGAUGAUUGUGGAUCAGAGUUGGAUGGCAGACUAGUAACUUCUUUAUGUUACAAUCAGUAGCACUGUUAGUAUGAGAAUCAUUGUGCAAAUUCAUCCACAAUUUAUCCUCCAUGUAUAUCCAUGUUUUCCUCCCAGAUUAUGACUCUUAGAGUUUGUUUCUUAUUUCGAAGUAGACAUAGUAUUCAGUCUGGUAGAGUUUUGGUUGCUCAUCACUGCUUUGCUUUCUUCUGUAUAUACAAGGGGAUUAAGACCGGAAUUGAACCUAGUACUUCGGCAGCUUCGAAUCUGAUCGAUUACAAUGUUGAAAUGACAAUCUG